AAAGCCGCACUGUCCUCGACUCGCACCCGCUGGGAGCCCUGACAGCAGCGGCCGAGAGGAGCCCCAGAUUGCAAAUAAGAAGCAAAGGAUGGACGCAGGUACAUGUAGACACAAGAAACAGCAAACUACUGCCUGAGGCAGGUCCAAACAUGCAGAUUCCAGUGGUUCUUCUUUUCCUGGGUCUCUUAACUGUCCCAAGCAGAACCCAGAACUCAGCUACUGAGCAGAACUCUGCCACAGCUGAUGGAGCCAAUGCUGGCGAGGAAGAGGAAGAUCCAUUCUACAAGAGCCCUGUGAACAAGCUGGCAGCUGCAGUCUCCAACUUUGGCUACGACCUGUACCGCCAGCAGUCCAGCCGGACAGCCACGGCCAACGUGCUGCUGUCUCCCUUCAGCCUGGCUACUGCACUUUCUGGGCUCUCACUUGGGGCUGGAGAACGAACCGAAAAUGUGAUUUCUCGCGCCCUCUUCUACGAUCUGCUCAACAAGGCUGAGGUCCACGACACCUACAAGGACCUCCUGAGCAGUGUGACCGGCUCAGAGAAGAGCAUGAAAAGUGCCUCCCGGAUCAUCUUGGAGAAAAGACUCAGGGCAAGGCCUGGAUUUCACAGCCAGCUCGAGAAGUCCUACAAGAUGCGACUGAGGGCGCUGAGUGGCAACACCCAGCUGGACCUCCAAGAAAUCAACAACUGGGUCCGACAGCAGACAAAGGGAAGGAUCAUGAGGUUCAUGAAGGACAUGCCCACAGAUGUCAGCAUUCUCCUUGCUGGGGCUGCUUUCUUCAAGGGGACUUGGAAAACCAAGUUUGACACCAAGAAGACUGCCCUGAAGGACUUCUACCUAGACGAGGACAGAACUGUGAAGGUGUCCAUGAUGUCAGACCCCAAAGCCAUCCUGAGAUAUGGUUUUGACUCGGAACUCAACUGCAAGAUUGCCCAGCUGCCCCUGACAGAAGGAAUCAGUGCCAUGUUCUUCCUGCCCACAAAGGUGACCCAGAACAUGACUCUGAUUGAGGAAAGCCUCACUUCUGAGUUUGUCCACGAUGUGGACAAGGAGCUGAAGACAGUCCACGCUGUGCUAAGCCUGCCCAAACUAAAGCUGAACCACGAAGAGGCACUUGGCAGCACACUAAAGGAGACAAGGCUCCAGUCACUUUUCACAUCACCUGAUUUCUCCAAGAUUUCUGCCAAACCUCUGAGAUUAUCACACGUGCAACACAAGGCAAUGCUGGAGCUUAGUGAGGAUGGGGAAAGAUCCACACCAAACCCUGAGGCCAAUGCUGCUCGCCUGACCUUCCCCAUAGAAUACCACGUGGACAGACCUUUCCUUCUUGUACUGAGGGAUGACACCACUGGAACCCUCCUCUUCAUUGGCAAGAUCCUGGAUCCCAGGGGUGUUUAGAUCCCUUCAAAAUAACCUGCAAUGGUAGGGCCCAAAUGGAAAGGGUGAUAUUGGGAGGGAUACUGGCUCCCUGCUCUGCUACACAAAGACACAACUUGCAAAUCUUACGCCUUCAUGUUGCAAUAAAAGAGCUUUUGCUAUUAA